AUGGCUUCAUUGCCACCUCCUCCGCCUCCUCCCCCAGGAUGGGGUGCAGCUCCUUCCAUGCCGCUGGCGCCGCCGCCGCCAGGCUAUCAGCCGCCGGCCGACCCGACCGUCGCAAAAUUUGCGCAGAAGAAGAAUGAAUGGCUGCGCACGCAACGCAAUCGAUUCGGCGAGAAGCGCAAGGGAGGAUUUGUUGAAACACAAAAGGCGGACAUGCCUCCAGAGCAUUUGCGAAAGAUUGUACGAGAUAUCGGUGAUGUCUCGCAGAAGAAAUUCACCAACGAGAAGCGUAGCUACCUCGGCGCGCUCAAGUUCAUGCCUCAUGCCGUAUUGAAGCUAUUGGAGAACAUGCCAAUGCCCUGGGAGUCAGCAAGAGAAGUCAAGGUCCUCUACCACGUCAACGGAUGUCUGACGCUGGUCAACGAGACACCGCGUGUCAUCGAGCCUGUCUUCCACGCCCAGUGGGCAACGAUGUGGAUGUGCAUGCGUCGGGAGAAGAGCGAUCGCCGACACUUCAAGCGUAUGCGCUUCCCUCCGUUCGAUGACGAGGAACCGCCUCUUUCUUGGUCGGAAAAUAUUGAAGAUGUUGAGCCGCUGGAACCCAUUCAGAUGGAGCUCGACGAGGAAGAAGAUGCGGCUGUGUACGAAUGGUUCUACGACCACCGCCCUCUCCUCGAUACACCCCAUGUCAAUGGCCCGAGCUACAAGAAGUGGAACCUUUCUCUUCCCCAGAUGGCGACUCUUCAUCGUCUCAGUCACCAGAUUUUAAGUGACGUUGUCGACCAAAAUUACUACCACAUGUUCGACCUUAACAGCUUCUUCACAGCCAAGGCCCUCAACGUCGCCAUUCCUGGUGGUCCUCGUUUUGAGCCUCUUUACAAGGACAUUGACCCUAACGACGAGGAUUUCAGCGAGUUUAACGCCAUUGAUCGCAUCAUCUUCCGUGCCCCCAUUCGGACCGAAUACCGAGUCACCUUCCCCUUCCUGUAUAACACCCUACCCCGAAGUGUCAAGGUCGCUUGGUAUUCUCACCCCCAAGUGGUCUAUGUUCGCACCGAAGACCCUAACCUCCCCGCUUUCUACUUCGACCCCGUCAUCAACCCCAUCUCUUCCCGCUCUGUCGCACCAAAAAAUAUUACAGUCAGCCACGAAGAUCAAAUCUUCGGACCCGGCAAUAAUGAAGACGACGAAUUUGAGCUGCCAGGUGAGGUCGAGCCAUUCUUUGACGACGAGGAACUCUACACACCGGACACCGCGUCCGCCAUCGCCCUGUGGUGGGCCCCUCACCCAUUCGAUAAGCGGUCCGGCAAAAUGGUUCGUGCACAGGAUGUGCCACUGGUCAAGCAAUGGUACUUGGAGCACUGCCCGCAGGGUCAACCCGUGAAGGUCCGGGUCUCCUACCAAAAGCUGCUCAAGAGCUACGUCUUGAAUGAGCUACACAAGAGCACACCCAAGGCCCAGAGCAAACAGAACCUCAUGAAGACUCUGAAGACGACUAAGUUUUUCCAGCAAACAACCAUCGACUGGGUCGAGGCCGGUUUGCAAGUCUGUCGCCAGGGUUUCAACAUGCUUAACUUGCUGAUCCACCGCAAGAAUUUGACUUAUCUUCAUCUUGAUUACAACUUCAACUUGAAGCCCGUCAAGACUUUGACAACCAAGGAGCGAAAGAAGUCUCGUUUCGGAAACGCUUUCCACUUGAUGCGAGAGAUUCUUCGCUUGACCAAGUUGAUUGUCGACGCUCAGGUCCAAUACCGCCUGGGUAACAUCGAUGCCUUCCAGCUUGCAGAUGGUAUACUAUAUGCCUUCAACCAUGUGGGUCAACUCACUGGUAUGUACCGUUACAAGUACAAGCUUAUGCACCAGAUCCGUUCCUGCAAGGACCUGAAGCAUUUGAUCUACUACCGAUUCAAUUCUGGCCCUGUCGGUAAGGGACCUGGUUGUGGUUUCUGGGCCCCAGCCUGGAGAGUCUGGCUCUUCUUCAUGCGUGGUAUUAUUCCUUUGCUGGAGCGCUGGCUCGGCAACUUGCUCUCUCGUCAAUUUGAGGGUCGUCACAGCAAGGGCGUCGCCAAGACCGUCACCAAGCAGCGUGUGGAAUCUCACUUCGAUCUGGAAUUGCGUGCCUCCGUCAUGGCCGAUCUUAUGGACAUGAUGCCCGAGGGUAUCAAGCAGAAUAAGGUCAACGUUGUCUUGCAACAUUUGUCCGAGGCUUGGAGGUGCUGGAAGAGUAACAUCCCCUGGAAGGUUCCUGGUCUCCCUGCUCCCAUUGAGAACAUCAUCCUUCGAUACGUCAAGAGCAAGGCGGACUGGUGGAUUUCUGUUGCCCACUACAACCGAGAGAGAAUUCGCCGUGGUGCAACCGUCGACAAGACCGUUGCAAAAAAGAACCUGGGUCGUCUUACUCGUCUCUGGCUCAAGUCCGAGCAAGAGCGCCAGCACAACUAUCUGAAGGAUGGUCCCUAUGUUUCCUCCGAGGAAGCCGUUGCGAUCUACACCACAAUGGUUCACUGGCUGGAGUCUCGCAAGUUCUCUCCGAUUCCCUUCCCCAGUGUUUCCUACAAGCACGACACCAAAAUUUUGAUCCUUGCCCUCGAGCGGCUGCGUGAGUCUUAUUCUGUCAAGGGAAGAUUGAAUCAGAGUCAACGAGAGGAAUUGGCCCUCAUCGAGCAGGCCUAUGACUCUCCCGGUACCACAUUGGCACGAAUCAAGCGAUUCCUUCUGACACAGAGAGCCUUCAAGGAGGUCAAGAUCGACAUGAAUGACAACUACAACAACAUCAACCCCGUUUACGACAUCGAGCCUAUCGAAAAGAUUACCGAUGCUUACCUAGACCAGUAUCUCUGGUACCAGGCUGAGCAGCGCCAUCUCUUCCCUGCUUGGAUCAAGCCCUCUGACUCUGAAGUUCCUCCUCUUCUGACCUACAAAUGGACCCAAGGUAUUAACAACCUGUCCAAUGUGUGGGAAACUUCCGAGGGAGAGACCAACGUCAUGAUCGAAACCGAGCUUUCCAAGGUCUACGAAAAGAUUGAUCUCACCUUGUUGAACCGACUGCUCCGUUUGAUCAUGGAUCACAACUUGGCUGACUACAUCACCUCGAAGAACAAUGUUCAACUCAGCUACAAGGAUAUGAACCACACCAACAGUUAUGGUCUUAUCCGUGGUCUUCAGUUCUCGGGCUUCGUGUUCCAGUACUACGGUUUGAUGAUCGAUUUGUUGCUCCUUGGUCUGCAGAGAGCCAGCGAAAUGGCUGGUCCUCCUGGAAGCCCCAACGACUUCUUGCAGUUCAGGGACCGUGCCACCGAGACUAGACACCCCAUCCGUCUCUACACACGUUACGUCGACAAGAUUUGGGUCUUCUUCAGAUUCCAGGCCGAUGACUCGCGCGAUUUGAUUCAACGUUUCUUGACCGAGAAUCCGGACCCUAACUUCGAAAACGUCAUUGGCUAUAAGAACAAGAAGUGCUGGCCUCGCGAUUGUCGUAUGCGCUUGAUGCGUCACGAUGUCAACCUUGGUCGUGCUGUCUUCUGGGACAUGAAGAAUCGUCUCCCGAGAUCUAUCACUACCAUUGACUGGGAUGAUACAUUCGCUAGCGUGUACAGCAAGGACAACCCCAACUUGCUGUUCUCCAUGAACGGUUUCGAAGUCCGCAUUCUUCCCAAGAUUCGGAACAUGAAUGAGGAGUUCUCCGUUAAGGACAGUGUCUGGUCUCUGGUCGAUAACUCCACCAAGGAGCGUACGGCGCAUGCCUUCCUCCAGGUCACUGAAGAGGAUAUCCAGAAGUUCAACAACCGUAUCCGACAAAUACUCAUGUCCUCCGGUUCGACGACUUUCACCAAGAUCGCCAACAAGUGGAACACUGCACUGAUUGCUCUCUUCACAUACUAUCGUGAGGCUGCUGUGUCAACCGUCAACCUUCUCGACACCAUUGUGAAAUGUGAGACUAAGAUCCAGACUCGUGUCAAGAUCGGUCUCAACUCCAAGAUGCCGUCUCGUUUCCCCCCUGCGGUCUUCUACACACCCAAGGAGCUUGGGGGUCUCGGUAUGAUCUCGGGAUCUCACAUCCUCAUUCCCACCAGUGACAAGCGCUGGUCCAAACAGACGGAUACUGGCAUUACUCACUUCCGAGCGGGUAUGUCUCACGACGAAGAAACCCUGAUUCCAAAUAUCUUCCGCUACAUCAUUCCCUGGGAGGCCGAAUUCAUUGACUCCCAGCGUGUGUGGAUGGAGUACUCGCAAAAGCGAAUGGAGGCUCAGCAGCAAAAUCGUCGCUUGACCCUAGAGGAUCUGGAAGACAGUUGGGAUCGUGGUCUUCCCCGUAUCAACACCCUCUUCCAGAAGGACCGAAGCACCCUCAGCUUCGACAAGGGUUUCCGACUCCGUGCGGAGUUCAAACAGUACCAGCUGAUGAAGAGCAAUCCGUUCUGGUGGACGAGUCAGCGACAUGAUGGUAAACUUUGGAAUCUCAACGCCUACCGUACAGACGUCAUCCAAGCGCUUGGCGGAGUAGAAACUAUUUUGGAGCACACCCUAUUCAAGGCGACAGCUUUCCCGUCCUGGGAGGGUCUCUUUUGGGAGAGAGCCAGUGGUUUCGAAGAGAGCAUGAAGUUCAAAAAGCUCACGAAUGCCCAGAGGUCUGGUCUGAACCAGAUUCCGAACCGCCGCUUUACUCUGUGGUGGUCUCCGACUAUCAACCGCGCGAACGUGUAUGUCGGUUUCCAGGUUCAACUGGAUCUUACUGGUAUCUUCCUACACGGUAAGAUCCCAACGUUGAAGAUUUCGUUGAUUCAGAUCUUCCGUGCCCAUUUGUGGCAAAAGAUUCACGAGUCCGUUGUUAUGGAUCUGUGUCAGGUCCUGGACCAGGAACUGGAGCAGCUUGGUAUCGAAGCCGUUCAAAAGGAGACUAUCCACCCGCGUAAAUCCUACAAGAUGAACAGCUCUUGUGCGGAUAUCCUCCUUUUCGCGACCAAUAAGUGGAACGUUACUCGGCCUUCCCUGGUAUUCGACACCAAGGAUGUUUACGAACCCACUACAACCAACAAGUUCUGGUUGGAUGUGCAGCUGAGAUAUGGUGACUAUGAUUCUCAUGACAUUGAACGAUAUGUGCGUGCCAAGUACCUUGACUACACCUCUGACAGCAUGAGCAUCUAUCCUUCCAGUACUGGUUUGAUGAUCGGUAUCGAUCUUGCAUACAACCUCUUCUCAGCCUACGGACAAUACUUCCCAGGUCUCAAAACUCUGAUUCAGCAGGCUAUGGCCAAGAUCAUGAAGGCCAACCCGGCCCUGUAUGUAUUGCGUGAACGUAUACGCAAGGGUCUGCAACUUUAUGCCUCGGAGAGCAAUCAGGAGUUCCUCAAUUCCCAGAACUACUCUGAACUCUUCAGUCCUCAGAUUCAGUUGUUCAUUGACGACACUAAUGUCUACCGUGUCACGAUUCACAAGACCUUCGAGGGUAACCUGACUACGAAGCCCAUCAACGGUGCAAUCUUCAUUUUCAAUCCUCGCACUGGACAACUGUUCUUGAAGAUCAUUCACACCAGUGUCUGGGCAGGCCAGAAGCGUCUGGGCCAGUUGGCCAAGUGGAAGACAGCCGAAGAAGUGGCAGCUCUUAUUCGGUCUCUCCCCGUCGAAGAGCAACCGAAACAGCUCAUUGUCACCCGUAAGGGUCUUCUUGAUCCUCUCGAGGUUCACCUGCUUGACUUCCCCAACAUUUCCAUCCGUGCCUCCGAGCUUCAGCUGCCCUUCCAGGCUGCUAUGAAGGUUGAGAAGCUGGCGGACAUGAUUCUCCGUGCAACCGAACCUCAGAUGGUGCUCUUUAACUUGUAUGACGAGUGGCUCAAAUCCAUCUCCCCGUACACUGCCUUCUCUCGUCUGAUCCUCAUUCUCCGAGCCCUCCACGUCAACAUCGACAAAGCCAAGAUCAUUCUUCGCCCUGACAAGACAGUCAUCACCCAGGAGCACCACAUCUGGCCCUCUCUCUCCGAUGAGGAUUGGAUCAAGGUUGAAGUGCAAUUGCGUGAUUUGAUCCUGAACGACUACGGUAGGAAGAACAAUGUGAACGUGCAGAGCUUGACCAGCAGUGAAGUCCGUGAUAUUAUUCUGGGUAUGGAGAUUAGCGCGCCUUCCCUGCAGCGACAGCAGGCGGCCGAGAUCGAGAAGCAGCAGGAGGAGCAAAAGCAGCUCACCGCCGUGACCACCAAGACCCAGAACGCCCGUGGCGAGGACAUUAUUGUCACCACUACGUCUCAGUAUGAGCAGCAAUCCUUUGCAUCCAAGACUGAGUGGCGUACUCGUGCGAUCGCGACGUCCAACCUCCGGACCCGGUCUAACAACAUCUACGUCUCUUCUGAUGAUAUCCGCGACGAGGGCUACACCUACAUCAUGCCCAAGAACGUCCUCAAGCGAUUCAUCACCAUUGCCGAUCUCCGGGUGCAGGUUACGGGUUACAUCUACGGUAGCUCUCCGCCGGACAACGACCAGGUCAAGGAGGUUCGCACCAUUGUCAUGAUUCCCCAAGUUGGUAACACCCGGGACGUCCAACUCCCUCACCAACUGCCACAACAUGACUACCUCCAGAACUUGGAGCCGCUCGGUGUGAUCCACACGGUUUCAGGAAAUGAGCCGCCGUACAUGUCUGCAGCGGAUGUCACGCAUCAUGCCCGACUCAUGAACGCGCAUCCAUCUUGGGAUAAGAAGACCGUGACCAUGACUGUCUCCUUCACUCCUGGGUCCGUCUCACUUGCCGCUUGGGGUCUGACUCCUCAAGGUUACAAGUGGGGUGCUGAGAACAAGGACACGACCUCGGAUCAGCCACAGGGCUUCUCUACCAACAUGGGUGAGAAGUGUCAGCUGUUACUCAGUGACAAGAUCCGCGGCUAUUUCUUGGUGCCCGAAGACAAUAUUUGGAACUACAGCUUCAUGGGUAGUUCCUUCGGUAGCGUGGAGAAGCGGCCUGUUUACGUCAAGAUUGACACCCCGCUCAAGUUCUACGACGACCAACACCGCCCUCUUCACUUCCAGAACUUCGCUGAGUUGGAAGAUAUUUGGGUGGAUCGGUCUGACAACUUUGCGUAA